AUGUGGAUGGAUACCAAAACAGAGGCAGAGGAGGCCAGAAGGAAACAUGCCAGCCUCUGUCAGCGUGUGUUGAACAGUCUGCUGUCGUGUACCGGGGACAUGGUGCACUUGGAUAAGUACAUGGAUGACAAGUGGUUUGUGCUGCAGCUGGCGGUGUGGGGCCUCAGAGGGGUGUCCAGGGUGAUUCUAGCAAACAACCCGCUGUGUGGUGCUCUCAUCCUGGCUGCGUUGUAUUGGGCUUCCCCCUGGCAGGGCCUGCUGGGAACUCUGGGUGUGCUGACCUCUACGCUAACAGCUGUUAUAAUGGGACAAGACAGUGCUGAAGUGUCGGCAGGUCUCCAUGGCUUUAACGGCAUGUUGGUGUCUCUGCUGAUGGGCGUGUUUAGCUCGACUGGAGACUGGUACUGGUGGCUGCUGCUGCCUGUUUGCUUAGGGUCAGCUACAUGCGUCUUUCUAUUCAGUGGUCUCGCCCCAGUGUUGGACCGCUGGGACUUACCAGUCGCUGUGUUUCCCUUCAACAUCAUCAUUGUCCUCUACCUCCUUUGUACCGGACAUGAUAACCCCUAUUUCCCACACCAUCCUGCAAUACCUCCAGGGGCGCUGGAGCCCAACGGCACUGAGCUCAUUGCAGUAGAGGUGUUGCGUGGUAUCCCUCUCGGUGUGGGUCAGAUCUUCGCCUGUGGUGCUCUGGGGCCCUCCCUUCUAAUCCUGGGAGCUGUUGUACUCUACUCCCCGCUGCUGGCUGUCCAUGCUGUGCUGGGAUCAGCAGUUGGAACAUUGGCUGGUUUAUCCGUGGCGGUGCGUCAUGACUCUCUGUACACAGGUCUAUCAGGGUUUAACGGAGCUCUGGGCUGCAUGGCUGUUGGAGGACUCUUCUUUACCUUCAGCUGGAGGACUCACCUGUAUGCCAUCGCCAGUGCCUUCCUCUCUGCAUACUCUGACAUCGCUCUGCGCAAUCUGCUGGGAACUGUGGGUCUCCCAGCGUGCAGUUGGGCAGCUACAUUGACAGCCACACUGAUGUUACUACUGAAUGGCAGUUUAGCGGCGUACCGCAUCCCUAUUGGUCAAGUCAGGGCGCCGGAAUACAAUCUACGCUCAAGCAGCCAAUGGGAGGCUGGGAAUACUGCAGACAGAGAGAGCACUGAUGUGUAG